AAAUUUUUAAUUCUGGAUGAAUAGAAUCAUUAGAUUUGGAUUUGCUACUUAUGAAUCAUUGGUAUAAAAAUUAAGCAGUGCUGAUAGUCCUGCAUCCAUCCUACAAAUAUUUUAACAAAAUAAAGAUAUCUUUAAACAAGAGCAUGUAGUUUUAUCAUUGAGAAUGUUGGGUAGAUAUAGUAGAUAAUUGGGACGUGAUAACAAUUAUUCAGAAUUAACUAGUAAAUUGAAUGACAUUGUAGAUUAAUUGUCUGAAUAUGGUAUUAGUGAUUAAAUAAUUUAGAUGUAAUUGAUGUCUUAUUUUGGUUGAGGAAAUUUAGACAAAAUAGAAUUCAAACAAAUUUCUCAUCAUAAGCUCAAAUAAAGUUAUUUUAAAGAAUACAAUAAAUGUCAGAGAAUCAAAUGUUCUCAUUCAGAAAUAUGUGUAAUGUAUAUUAUGAUUUAUCUAUGCUUAAUCAUUCUAAUGAUUAAUUAGCUAAAUAAAUUUCUGAAUAACUUCUUACUACAAAGUAACUUUCACCAUUUUUGAUCAUCCAAUUGUUUAGUUCACUUGUAGUAAAAGUUAAUUUUUGUUCAAUUUCAAAAAAUGAUAUUUUAGUUCUUAAUAAUGCUGUUAAAGUAGUUGAGGGUCUUUUGGAAGAAUUGGAUAUUGAAUAAGUAAAAUUUUAUUAUUUAAUAUUUAGAAAUCUUAACUUUUCAAAUGUUUAUCUGAAAUACAAUUUUAAAAUUUAUCACCAAAAUUUUCACUUCCAAAGUUGUUGAAAUAAGUUAAAGAUUUACUAUUAUAAAAAAUUGAAUUAUUACAAGAAGAUUCUGUCUUAAAUAUCUUUAAAGCUUAUUCUCAUUUACCUAAAUAUUUUGACCAAGAUCUAAUCAAAGAAUUAAGAGAAAUGAUUAUAACAACUAUUGAAUAGAAUCCAAAUAAUUUAUCAUCUAAAUUCCUUGUAAUUCUAAUUGAUAGAAUAUAAAACUAUCCAAAUUAGAAAUAACCUUAAGAUUUAAUUAAAAAAGUAAUUGAAGAAUUGACAUAAAGGAUAAUCAAAAAAGAAGUAGAACUUCCACUCAUAAAUUAAUUAUGUAAUAGUCUUUUGGGAUAUAAAAAAUUUGAAGAGCUUGCAACUGCUUUAAAAGAAAGUGGAGAAGCCAAUAUUAAAAUUCUUAACUAUUUAUAUAUGAAUGGAAUUAAUUUGAAAGAAUAUGUUGAUUAAUAUGCUUCCACUUGUGAUGGUAAAAAAGUUAAUACUAAUAAUGCUAUACAUUAUUUAAUUUAUGCCCAAAGAGAUGCCUAAGAACAUGUAGAAAAAUUCCUAACCUUAUGUAAUUAAGUAGUUUAAACAAAUCCACAUUCUAUAUUAAAAAUCACAAUUGAUAUUAGACUUAAUUCUUAAAUAAAGAAUUAAAUUUAGGAGGAAGCAUUUUUGUAAAUCAUUGAAGAUCUUAAGAAUAAAAAAUAUGAUAUCUUUAAAGUUCUUAAAGAAUUGUUAAGUUCUUGCAGAAAUAUUAGAUGUAGAUCGGCUUUAUUAUAAUAUAAUGAUUAAUUAGAUCAUAAAUUAUAACCUAAACUAAUUUUAAGUAAAGUUAUUGGAGAUGAGGAUGAGUUUGAAUCUGAUAGAUUAUCAAUUAUAUUAUAGCUGUUUUAAAAAGAACCAAAGAAUAUUCCUAUUUUUAGAUUAGUUGAUUAUUUAACUUUGUCAAAUAAAAAUCUAUUUGGUUUAGUAAAAAGCGAUCAAAUAUCAUGGGUUUGUUAAGUUUUAUUAUUAGCUGUUUAAAGUUAACCAUAAUUUAGAUUAAAUCAUAUAGUCAAUUUUGUUUAAAGAUUUGAUAAUGCAGGUUACACAAGUAAAUCAAUUCAAUAAUUGGUUAAAAAAGUAGCUGAACUUUAUAAGACAAAUAAUCCUAAUACUCCAUAUCCAGAUACAAAUUUUGUUUAAAUCUUAAUCAAUUUUAAUCUCCUUUCAUCUGAAGAGGCUAUUCUUUAAUUGAAUAGUGAAAAAUCUUAUUAAUAUUUCAAAGUAUAAUUAUGUGGUCUUGGUUUAUUAUCAGAAAAUCCUCCAGAAAAUAUUAUCUAAUUAAGUGAUAAAAUCAAAGCUGAAUGUUAACUUGAUACUGAAGAAAUGAAAUACAGAUAACUUUUAGAUUUAUGUACAUUAUUCAAAUUAACACAAAAUGAAAUUGACAAAAUCAAAGAUCAACUUAAAAAACAUACAUCAAAAAUAACACCAAGAUAAUAUUAUGAUUUAGUUAUGAAUUCUAAAGAAUUUUCAAUCCUUAAAGAAUUAAGCCAUCAAUUUGCUUAAUUUAGUGCUAAAUUAGGACUUAUUAAAAUAAUAAAAAUUAUUGAAAAAUUUUAGAAAUAUCAUAUCACAAAUCAAACCAUAUAUAAUGCUCUAUUAGAAUAAUAUGGAAUAUAAUUCAAUAGCACUUUUAAUGAAAUGAGAAUUUAAGUCUUGAUACUUUUAACAAGUGCUAAACUUAAAUAAGUAGAUGUAUUUUAAAAAACCCUUGAAAAAAUUAAUAGAUUCCCUUAAAUUUACAAAUCUUACUUUAAUGAAGUUCUAGAAAGUCUUAUUCAAUUAGGUAUAAAUGAAACUUAAAUUGUUGAAUUAAUUAAGUCUAUGACUGAUAAAUAAAAUCUCAGUCAUUAAACGACUCUUAAAUUGAUUCAUUAUUAUAUUAUGUCUGAUUAACCUAUUGAAGAAAUUGAAAAAUUAGUUGAUUCUUUAGAAAACGUUAAAAUAAAAGAGAAUAAUAGAAUUUUUUUAAUCUAUGAAAUAUUAAAAAGACUUUACCCAGAAUCUAAAGUAACCAAAUUACAUGAGGCUAUAAUAAAAGAUGAAAAAAUGACAACUUCAUAAAAGAAAAGUCAAUUUUCAACUGAAUAUGUUUAAAAACUUCUCUAAGCUGUAGGAGUUUAAGUAGAAAUCAAUCAUUAAGUAGAUAAUGUUCAAAUUGAAAUGUAUCUACCUUAAAGGUAUUAUCUUUUAUUUAUUAUUAUUAGUUAACAAUCAAUUCUUAUUCUAACUGGUUAUAAUCUAAAUUAUGAUAGAUAAACAAUAAAUGGUUAAGGCAUUUUAUUAAAGAAGUUAUUAUAACUUGUUACCAAAGAUGUUAUUCUUAUCAAUUUUAAGGAAUUACAAGAUAUAACUAAUUAUGAUGAUAAAAUUACAUAUUUAUAAAACAAAGGUAAAAAAAAUAUGAUAAUCUUAAAUUAGGUAUUUAAAUAAACGUAGACAAAACUUAAGUUGAUUUUAGUGCUGUUAAGUAACUAGAGAAGAAAGAAAGCCAAACAAAAUAAGUUCAAAAAAAAUCAUCACAUGAUGAAGAAACUAUAGAACAAAUUGAAGUUCCAUAAUGAGUUCUUAGUAUUUCUAUUAAAUAUUCAUAAAAUAAGAU